AUGAGGUUGCUCACAGCUGCUGCGGCCCUUGCGGCACAGCACCCUGCACUCGUUGUGUGUAUCGUUUUCGUACUCUAUGCUGCUGGUUUGGCCGUCUACCGGCUCUUCUUCCAUCCUCUUGCUCGCUUUCCCGGCCCCAAGCUCGCCGCCGCGACACUGUGGUACGAAUUCUUCUUCGAUGGCGUCCAAUGCGGGCAGUACACAUUCGAAAUUGGGCGCAUGCACGAGAAAUACGGUCCGAUCGUUCGCAUCAGCCCCAACGAGCUUCAUGUGAAUGACCCCAAGUUCAUCGACCAGCUCUACGUGGCGGGAGGCAAAAAAAGAGACAAGUAUGAGUAUUUUACGACUCAAUUCGGCAUUCCACAGAGCGUCUUCAGCACCGUGCCACAUGACCUGCACCGGCUGCGUCGCGGCGCUAUGAACCGCUUCUUUUCCAAGGCGUCGGUGGUGAAGCUGGAGCCGCUGAUCAAGGACACGAUCAACAAGCUGUGCACCCAGCUUGAGACACACUAUGCGGGGACGGGGCAGCCGGCGACGCUCAAUAUGGCCUAUAGCUGCAUGACCACCGAUGUAGUCACCGAAUACGCCUUCGCGCGCAGCUACAGCUUCCUCGACUCGCCGACUUUCGAGCCCAACUUCCACCGCGCCAUCGUUGCCGGCUCCAACAUGGGUCCCUAUACCAAACGCUUCCCCUGGCUAUUGGCCUUUAUGCGCUGUCUCCCGUCGGCCCUGGUGUCGCGACUGAAUCCCGAGAUGGACGUGUAUCUAAGAUUUCAAGAAGACGUGCGGAAGCAGAUUGCGGAGAUCCAGGCGACCCGGGUCGAGGAUCGCAAGUCUGGGCGCACGGGCGCCACCAUCUUCCACGAACUCAUCGACGGCGACCUCCCGGACGAGGAGAAGCGACUGGAGCGGAUGUGGCAGGAAGGCCAGAUCAUCGUAGGGGCGGGCACGGAGACGACGGCCUGGUCCCUCUCCGCAACCAUGUUCUACAUCCUGUGGACGCCGCACGUGCGCACGAAGCUGCAGGCCGAGCUGGACGCCGCAAUACCCGACGCGACGGAGCUGCCAUCGCUACAGGUGCUGCAGGCACUGCCGUACCUCAGCGCAGUCGUCACCGAAGGGCUGCGGCUGUCGUACGGGGUAAGCACGCGGCUGCAGCGGCUGGCGCCGGAGCCGCUGUCGUUCACAACGGGCAGCGGGCCGACAGGCAGCGACCGGCGCGGGGGCCUCACGACGCACACGAUCCCGGCCAAUACGCCGGUAGGCAUGAGCUGCCCGCUGGUGCACCUAAACCCGCUACUGUUCCCGGAGCCGUGCGAGUUCCGGCCCGAGCGCUGGCUCGACGCGCCGCCCGCGCUCGCCGGCUGCAUCCUCAGCUUCUCCAAGGGGAGCCGUCAGUGCAUCGGCAUCAACCUCGCCUACGCUGAGCUCUACUACGGCAUCGCCGGCCUGGUGCGCCGCCUUGGCCCGCGCCUGCAGCUCUUUGAGACGGACCUGUCCGACGUCGAGCUGCUGUACGACCGCUUCGUGCCGACGCCCAAGCUCGACACCAAAGGCAUCAGGGUGUUGGUGCAAUGA